GCCGGGCCGGAAGUGGCGCCGGGCGCCUGCGCAGGUGGGCCGCAGAGGAGGCGUGCGGCCGAGUGUCGGGGACCCCCGGCUGCUCCCCGCCAUGGGCCGCAGGAGGGCGGCGCGCGGGCCGGUGGCCGAAGGCGGCCGCGCUCGGCGCCCCGCGGGCCGCUCCCUGGAGGCCUUCGCGGAGGAGGUGGGCGCCGCGCUGCGCGCGUCCGUGGAGCCAGAGGCGGCCGAGGACGAGGGUAUUUCGGGGCCGGCGCGGCUGCCGUGCCCGCUGGCCAUGUGGGAGCUGGGCCACUGCGACCCCCGGCGCUGCACGGGCCGCAAGCUGGCCCGCCUGGGCCUGGUGCGCUGCCUGCGCCUGGGCCACAGGUUCGGCGGCGUGGUGCUCAGCCCCGUGGGCUCCCAGUACGUGUCCUCCGCGGACAGACAGCUGGUGGCACGGUGUGGGGUCGCGGUCAUCGACUGCUCCUGGGCCCGACUGGAUGAGACACCGUUUGGGAAGAUGCGCGGGGGCCACUUGCGGCUGCUGCCCCACCUGGUAGCAGCCAACCCCGUGAACUACGGCCGACCCUGCAAACUGUCUUGCGUGGAGGCUUUUGCCGCCACCUUCUGUAUCCUCGGCUUCUCCGACCUUGCUGUCAUCUUGCUGCGGAAGUUCAAAUGGGGCAAGGGCUUCCUAGACCUGAACCGCCAGCUCCUGGACAAGUACGCGGCCUGCAGCGGCCCAGGGGAGGUGCUGCAGGCGGAGCAGGAGUUCCUGGCCUGCGCCAAGGAGCACCCCGGGGAGGAGGAAAUCGAUCCUUUCGAUGUGGAUUCUGGGCGAGAGUUUGCAAAUCCCAACAGGCCGCUGGCUGGCACCCGGCUGCUUACAGACAGCAGUGAAAGCGACAGCGAGGACGAGCCUGUGGAGCGCGGGCCUGAUGCCGAGGACGGAGGAGACGGCAGCGGCUGCCCUGAAGAGGGUUCUCAGAAGCAGGAGGCAGAGGCCAGGGCCCCCGCCCAGGUUUGGAAAGGAAUCAAGAAACGGCAGAGAGACUAAAGGUUGCAGACACGUAUAUUUUUUGAGGCGGAGCAAUAAGAAACUCGAGAGAGAGCGGCAGUAUUUGUGGAGAUACAGACAGGCCGGCAGCCUCAGCCCUCUCAACACCGAGUGGCCCUGGACUGUGUCCCCGCGGUUCUGACACAGCUGUGCUCUGGGGCCUUCGAGCCCUCCCAGUGAAGCUGCAAGCCCGGA